GACGGUGGGAGGCGGAGCUGCCGAGUGCAUCCCUGCGCCAGGCCCUGGCGAAGGGCCGAGGGCUGCCUGUUCCCGGACGCUUGACCCACAUUUGGGACCGCCGCAGCCCGCGCCAAUCGCAGACUCUGCUCCACGUGGCAGGAGAGUCGCUGAGUGGCCAAGAUCAUGGCGCUGACCCUGCUGGAGGAUUGGUGCCGGGGUAUGGAAUUGGACAUCCACAGGUCCCUGUUGGUCACAGGCAUCCCAGAGGACUGUGACCAAGCAGAAAUUGAGGAGACCUUGAAUGGGAUCCUCUCCCCGCUGGGCCCGUACCGCGUGCUCAACAAGAUUUUUGUGCGGGAAGAUAAUGCCAAAACUGCCCUCGUUGUGUUUGGUGAGGGUGUGAAUUUGAGCACCAUACCCCGGGAAUUCCCAGGGAGGGGCGGUGUCUGGAGGGUGAUCUGCAGAGACCCCACCCAGGAUGCUGAGUUUUUAAAAAACCUGAAUGAAUUCCUGGACGCUGAGGGGCGCACCUGGGAGGAUGUGGUCCGCCUGCUCCAGCUCAACCAACCCCCACGGUCCCUGAACCAGAAUCAACCCCCAGGGAACUGGACACAAACUUUCGGAAUGCUCCUGGGGACCAUGGUGCAAAUCAUCUUAUACAUGGAUUCCCAGUUCCGGAAACGUGAGGAAGCUAGGGCUCGGGAGGCCGCUGAGUUUGAGGAGGUGACCUGGGCUCUAGCAGCAGGGAAGAAGGUCAAGAAAGAGCCGGGGCUUGCUGCACGGGCAGGCUCUGCCUUUAAGGCGGAGAACCCCAACAACUGGAAUGAAGUCCGAGGGUACCCUCCCAAACCUUUUGCUCGCAGGGCUGGAGCUAAGUCUCGCUCCAGGAGAAAGAAGCAGAAGAAAAACUCUAGGCAGGAACCUGUGUCCUGGAAAAAACCCAAAGGCAACCAUUCCAACAGCUCAGCCUCCUUGGAGGAUCCUGAGGCUGGUGAUGCCGAAAGGAUGGAUAUCUCAGAAUCUGUCAAGAGUAACAAAAAGCCCUGUGUGAAGCAGGAGGGGUUGGCUUUGAAGAAGCCCGUGGUGAAAUGUACCUGGAAGGCCCCCAGAGACCCACCUCAGCAUGCCCCAGCAGAAGCUGAGCGCCCUGGAGGUGUCUUUGAGUCAGACCAAGAGGGUAGUCAGGAGAGGCCCCCAAAGAAGAAGGCCUUGGGUUGGGCCUCAGCAAAGAAUCCUGCCCCCAUGAGGAAGAAGAAGAAGGUGAGCCUGGGCUCCAUCUCUUAUGUCGUUGUCGACUCCGAAGAUGCCAAGAAGAAACCUGCGAUUCCAAAGAAAGGGCCAGGCUCGAGAAGAGAGGCGUCCAUUCAGAAAGCCCCUCGAGGCCUGCAGCCCUCUGAGUCUCCAGCCUCAACCUCAAGGGGUCCGAAGGCCAAGCCAGAAGGCUCUCCUCGUGAUGCUGCCAGUGGUGAGAAUGACAAGUGAUUGGGAUUGUGUCAACAAGUGGAUGGGGCAGGAGAGAAUCCAGAAAGCUUUGAUUUGGGAGACCACCUGUACCAGAGUUGAAAGAAGACUGAGGAAAUUCCAAGUCAGGAGCAACGUCAUCUCUCGUUACUGAAUGAAACAGGAAUUUUGACUCUUUUAGGGCCCAGUUUGUAGAGAUUUGGCUCUCGGAGGUAAUGAUAGGUGGGGGUGGGGGAGAGGCAGGUGUGUCUCUACCCUUUUCUCUACCAGGCCUGCUUUGUCAACAUCCUCCUCAGCUGGUGUUCGGAGGCGGGAGAGUUGGUAAGUAGAUUGGGAAAAUUCUAGAACCUUUAUUCCCCUUUAUGCAUGGACAGGGCCACUGUUACACUCAUCUGUGUUCAGCCCUUCUUCCUCACCCCUGCUUCCUCGUGGGAGGGGUCAGCGGCCCUUUUGUUUUGAAAAGCCGAGUGGCCAUUUUCUCCCUUCUGGCCUCUCUCUGCUGUGACCAGCGGGACUGGUUAAGCCAAACAGGGUCUCUGAUGCAGACCUGGCAUUCUUGCUUUUUCCAUCUUCAGCUUCCACUCUCCAGCUAUCAAGCUGGAAGAUCCCAAGAGUUCGUUUUAGGGAAGAACAAUGUCUGCCUAAGCCUUGAAGUUUCUGAGUUUUGGGGUCUGUUAAUAAAAAUGGCACUUUGAUCCCUAUCUGGGGUGACCCCGCUCGGGAGCCUGUGGGGAGGAGGGGUGGCUGGUAGGACAGGUCUCAGGUGUUCCUAGGUUCCCAGCUUUGAUUCCACACCAUCUUUGCAGCUGAAGACCACUUCUCACAUUAUAGUAAGAUGGAAAAAAAAAUCUUUAAAACUGGCUCUUAAUUUCUGCCCUCUGAAUUUAGACACGCUGUCAGACCAGACCACCAUGUCUCAGUGUGUGUGCAUGUGUAGAGGAGGGUGGGGGAGCCCCGAGAUAGUGGUGUUCUGGGGAGUCCCCAGGCUUCCGCAGAGAUGUAAUCCAAAUCUGUUUUUCCUGUGUGUUUUUUUAAAACUGUGAAAAUGACUAUUCAGAGAUGUUGUAAACCAAACCAGUUGCAUUGAAGACUAUCAGAAUAUUACCUUGUGUCCGUAGAUCAACUUGUUUUUGCACAGGCUUGAGUGAAUCGUUUCUGCCACCUCUUUGCUUAUAACCGAAUUUCUUAUAAAUGUGAGUUUGACAAGGAAGGUCAGAAGUGGAGGAAAUUCAGUCCUGUGCAUGUCCUAUAUAACCAAAAGCAAGUUUCCUUUUGUAAUUCACAAGCUCUCGUUCUGCUGUGAUUCUUCAGUUGUGUGGUAGCAAGUAAACGUCAACUUGAUACACAGUAGUAAUAGUCUAUCAUAGAGUUUCAGCCCUGGUAUGUUUUCAGGGCCUUUCUUCUGACUUCAGUUUUUGUGGUGCAGAAUGUGAACAGUUGUUAGAUGUUGUCAGUGAUUCAACUUUAAAACAAAUUUCUUGUGAUGAUUCAUUUCAAAAUCCUGGGUGAGCCUAACUGAAAAUGCAGGAAAGAAGAGAAGGGUUUCCAUUUGCGGCUGCUCGUCUGUGUACAUCAAGGUUUUCCUUGGACGUGUGCAGAACAAAACCCAGGAGUGAGUGGGACUCUCUAGGUAAUGAAAGCCUGCAAGUUUCCAGCUUCUCAUUUCAAAAUCUGGUCCACUAGGGCUUCAUUGUGUUAACAGAUUGACAUCAUGAUUAGUCAAUGUGAAUGUAUAUGUGUAUAAUAAAGUUUAGCAAAUUAAG